GGCCGCUUCCGGUCUCCCUCCCGGGCCGGCGCUGGCCUGACCGCGGCCCCUGUCCGGCGCACUCCGCCCUCCGCUCCUCCCGCCCGGCAGCCGCGGAGGUCGCUUCAGCCUUUCUGUCCCGCUGUCCCCGCCGCGCCAUGGAGAAGAGCUCGAGCUGCGAGAGUCUUGACUCCCAGCCGGCGGCAGCACGGCCGCCCAGCGUGGAUUCCCUGUCCAGUUAAUGUGUUAAGAGCCAUUGACAUUUGAAGAUCAUCAGAAGUGAAGAUAAAACACCUCAAAAAUUAUAAUUGCUUCCACUUCUCAUUCAGAGAAUUCAGUGCAUACAAAAUCAGCUUCUGUUGUAUCAUCGGAUUCCAUUUCAACUUCAGACAACUUUUCUCCUGAUUUGAGGGAGUCUGCUGGGGAAGAAGACAGGCAGAGUCGUGGGGUAGGUGCCAGCUUGGAGCUCAUGCAUCGGAGACAUCUAACCCAGUUUUGAGGGCCUUCAGAAGGUAUCCUUUAAGGCAGCUGGUCCUGAGGGAAUCUAACAAAUUAGCAGAAAUGGAAGAACCACCCUUGCUUCCAGGAGAAAAUAUUAAAGAUAUGGCCAAAGAUGUAACUUACAUAUGUCCAUUCACUGGUGCUGUACGAGGAACUCUGACUGUCACAAAUUACAGGUUAUAUUUCAAAAGCAUGGAACGGGAUCCCCCAUUUGUUUUAGAUGCUUCUCUUGGUGUGAUAAGUAGAGUAGAAAAAAUUGGUGGUGCUUCUAGUCGAGGUGAAAAUUCUUAUGGACUAGAAACUGUGUGUAAGGAUAUUAGAAAUUUACGGUUUGCUCAUAAACCUGAGGGGCGAACAAGAAGAUCCAUAUUUGAGAAUCUAAUGAAAUAUGCAUUUCCUGUCUCUAAUAACCUGCCCCUUUUUGCUUUUGAAUACAAAGAAGUAUUCCCUGAAAAUGGGUGGAAGCUAUAUGAUCCUCUUUUAGAGUAUAGGAGGCAGGGAAUUCCAAAUGAAAGCUGGAGAAUAACAAAGAUAAAUGAACGAUAUGAGCUUUGUGAUACAUACCCUGCCCUCUUGGUUGUACCAGCAAAUAUUCCUGAUGAAGAAUUAAAGAGAGUGGCAUCCUUCAGAUCAAGGGGCCGUAUCCCAGUUUUAUCAUGGAUUCAUCCUGAAAGUCAAGCCACAAUCACUCGAUGUAGCCAGCCCAUGGUAGGAGUGAGUGGGAAGAGAAGCAAAGAAGAUGAAAAAUACCUUCAAGCCAUCAUGGAUUCCAAUGCCCAGUCUCAUAAAAUUUUUAUAUUUGAUGCCCGGCCAAGUGUUAAUGCCGUUGCCAAUAAGGCAAAGGGUGGAGGCUAUGAAAGUGAAGAUGCCUAUCAAAAUGCAGAACUAGUUUUUCUAGAUAUCCACAAUAUUCACGUUAUGAGAGAAUCAUUACGAAAACUUAAGGAGAUUGUGUACCCCAACAUUGAAGAGACCCACUGGUUGUCUAACUUGGAAUCUACUCACUGGCUAGAACAUAUUAAGCUUAUUCUUGCAGGGGCUCUUAGGAUCGCUGACAAAGUAGAGUCAGGAAAGACGUCUGUGGUGGUACACUGCAGUGAUGGCUGGGACCGCACAGCUCAGCUGUCUUCCCUUGCCAUGCUCAUGUUGGAUGGAUACUAUCGAACUGUCCGAGGAUUUGAAGUCCUUGUGGAAAAAGAAUGGCUGAGCUUUGGACAUCGAUUUCAGCUUAGACUUGGCCAUGGAGAUAAGAACCAUGCAGAUGCAGACAGAUCGCCUGUUUUUCUUCAGUUUAUUGACUGUGUCUGGCAAAUGACAAAACAGUUUCCUACAGCAUUUGAGUUCAAUGAAUAUUUUCUCAUUACCAUUUUGGAUCACCUAUAUAGCUGUUUAUUUGGAACAUUCCUCUGUAACAGUGAACAGCAGAGAGGAAAAGAGAAUCUUCCUAAAAGGACUGUGUCACUAUGGUCUUACAUAAAUAGCCAGCUGGAAGAAUUCACUAAUCCUCUCUAUGGGAGCUAUUCCAAUCAUGUCCUUUAUCCAGUAGCCAGCAUGCGCCACCUAGAGCUCUGGGUGGGGUAUUACGUAAGGUGGAAUCCACGAAUGAAACCACAGGAGCCCAUUCACAACAGAUAUAAAGAACUUCUUGCUAAACGAGCAGAGCUUCAGAAAAAAGUAGAGGAACUCCAGAGAGAGAUUUCCAACCGAUCAACCUCAUCCUCAGAGAGAGCCAGUUCUCCUGCACAGUGUGUCACUCCUGUCCAAACCGUCGUGUGAAAGGACUGUUAGAUGGGGGCCAUCAUCGCCAUGAACCCUUAAAAACAAUGGCAGCUUUACAAGUAGAAAGUAUUCUGAAUUUAGAACCCAUCUGUCAGAGAAAUUUAGUCACUUUAUUUAUUUUAAAAUCUCUCUAGAAUGAGUUUAGAACUCUGGGAGUACAGGUGGCCUAAGUGAAAUAACCUCACAUGUAAUUGUAUCAUCAUAACACUAAUCUUAUAAGUCACCCAAAGAAUAUUAAAAUGCUUCAGUCCUGCAUUCACAGUGGGAAUAAGUUCCUGAAUUCAAAAGGAAAAUGCUUAGAAAUUUUGGUGUCUGGUAAAAUCAAAAUACAAACUACUCCAAAAAUAUACCUCUUGAUGGAAGAGAGCUCAUUGUACAGAAGGAGGAGCAUGAGUUUCAAACUAAACCAACACUGAAAUUCUGUGGCAUUAUAAGUGUUUGGCCUCAGUGUCAUGAUAGAUCAAAAUCAUUUGAUACUCCUUUCCCCAUCAUGGGUUUUUCUUUUGUGGUAAGUAAUUUACUUAGAUCACCUUUCAACAGCCACAUUCUUUAUAUAUGAUAAGUCAAAAUCUUGAGAUUAUGGUGCAGUAGUUGAAAAUUGUUAUUAUUUAUGUACUUAUUUAAGAUGUAUGAUUAAGAUAGCUGUCCAAAAUGAUGCCUUAUAGAUGUGCUUGCGGGGAGGAGGGAGAGGAGAAAGGAGUAGCUGUCCAGGAUUUCAAAGAAGUCCUUCAGAUUAGUUUUCAUUUGCCUAAUUACUAGAAACAUGAAACAUUUUAAAAACUCAUUAUCUACCCUACUUAGAUUUGUUGGUGUGUCUGAACACAGAAUUGGCAAGUUUUGAGGCAAUAUUUUUAAAAGUUUACCGGGGCUGACUUUUCCUGAAGUCUGUAUAAAUUGCUUAUGGUGAGAGGCACUACGCUCAAAUUUUACAGGAAAUAUUUUACUGCUAUUCUCCUUUGCAAAUUCUGUAAUUCCACUGAAUGAUAAAGUUUACCAAAGAACUUACUGCAUGUAAAAAUGUACUACAGUCUCAAUGCCAGUAAAGGAAAUCCCGCUUCACUGUUCACCUGCUGCAGUAAGAGGUCAUUGCUGGUAUAACUAUUGAUUCCCUGGUGUCUGUUUUACUCUAUAAGAGCCAUAUGUUAUGUACUGUAACAAAGGAGCUUCUUAUCCCUUGAGUCUUUGAUUAAAAGAAAAUUUCAACUGAC